GAAACGGAAACUAUCAUACCAAGAAGAUACUCUUAAGCUCUACAAUGAGCGCCAUGCUCAUAUUCAACUUUUUGGCGUUCUCGUUGAUCAUGUAUUUUAGUGCUGCAUUUAAAUCUAAACAAGAAUGGUAUAUCAAAGUUGCUAAAUCUGAGAGAUCAGGAAACAUUACAAAAUAUAUAACAAAUAGCGGCAACACUGUAUUGGAAUGCGCCACAUUUUGUUUGAAAAACGAGGAGAUUUGUAGUUCGUUCAAUCUGAGAAAAGUUGAAGACAGCGAUGUGAUCGAAUGCAAAUUAAAUGGAGCAAAUUCCGGACCACUUGUUGCAAGCACUCAGGCUGGUUAUUUCUACCAUAAACGAGUUAAUGGAGGUACUGGUCCCUGGACAGCAUGGGAACAAUGUUCUACCACGUGUGGAGAUGGAGAGAAAAUCCGCACCAGAAAAUGCAACAACCCUGCGCCAGCUUAUGGAGGAGCUGAAUGCAGUAUCCACGAUUUGACAGAGAGGAUGUCCUGUAAAGUUCAAGAAUGCCCUGUUAACGGAGGACCUGGUCCCUGGACAGGAUGGGAACAAUGUUCUACCACGUGUGGAGAUGGUGAGAAAAUCCGCACCAGGGAAUGCAACAACCCUGCACCAGCUUAUGGAGGAGCUAUAUGCAGUCUCAACGAUCUGACAGAGAGCAUGUCCUGUAAAGUACAAGAGUGUCCUAUUAAUGGAGGUACUGGUCCUUGGACAGCAUGGCAACAAUGUUCUACCACGUGUGGAGAUGGAGAGAAAAUCCGCACCAGAAAAUGCAACAACCCUGCGCCAGCUUAUGGAGGAGCUGAAUGCAGUAUCCACGAUUUGACAGAGAGGAUGUCCUGUAAAGUUCAAGAAUGCCCUGUUAACGGAGGACCUGGUCCCUGGACAGGAUGGGAACAAUGUUCUACCACGUGUGGAGAUGGUGAGAAAAUCCGCACCAGAAAAUGCAACAACCCUGCGCCAGCUUAUGGAGGAGCUGAAUGCAGUAUCCACGAUUUGACAGAGAGGAUGUCCUGUAAAGUUCAAGAAUGCCCUGUUAACGGAGGACCUGGUCCCUGGACAGGAUGGGAACAAUGUUCUACCACCUGUGCAGAUGGUGAGAAAAUCCGCACCAGAAAAUGCAACAACCCUGCGCCAGCUUAUGGAGGAGCUGAAUGCAGUAUCCACGAUUUGACAGAGAGGAUGUCCUGUAAAGUUCAAGAAUGCCCUGUUAACGGAGGACCUGGUCCCUGGACAGGAUGGGAACAAUGUUCUACCACGUGUGGAGAUGGUGAGAAAAUCCGCACCAGGGAAUGCAACAACCCUGCACCAGCUUAUGGAGGAGCUAUAUGCAGUCUCAACGAUCUGACAGAGAGCAUGUCCUGUAAAGUACAAGAGUGUCCUAUAAAUGGAGGUCCUGGUCCUUGGACAACAUGGCAACAAUGUUCUAAGACGUGUGGAGAUGGUGAGAAAGUCCGCGUCAGAGAAUGUAACAACCCUGCACCAGCUUAUGGAGGAAAUAAAUGUAAUGCAAAUGAUUUGAUAGAGAGGAUGUCCUGUAAAGUUCACGAAUGCCCUGUUAACGGAGGUCCUGGUACUUGGACAGCAUGGGGGCAAUGUUCUACCACGUGUGGAGAUGGAGAGAAAAUUCGCACCAGAGAAUGCAACAACCCUGCACCAGCUUAUGGAGGAGCUGAAUGCAGUAUCCACGAUUUGACAGAGAGGAUGUCCUGUAAAGUUCAAGAAUGCCCUGCCAUCGAUUACUUCAUAAAGAAGGAUGGGGAUUGUCAUGGUGACGACAUAUCCAGCCAUGACGUAAACAGGAAUGAGUGUGCGGCACUGUGCCUGGGACGUACAGAAUGCGUUGGGUUUGUCUAUAGUUUACUUCCUGCAGCUAUCGAACCUUGCUGGCUGAAACAUAAGAUAUGUGAUCAUCCAAGCGAUUUAGCAGACACUUAUGUGUAUUAUAAAAUCACAUAAAAAGGGACAGGAAUUCACUUCACGGGUUUUCACUUAUAAACUGAAACGUAUGGUAGUCAAAUGAUAUAACAAAAAGUGGUCCAAAAGGCCACGUAGAUUUGCGUAAACAAUUUCACGUGAUUGUAACUUAUGCUAUGUAUCUUUAUUGCCUCCUAAUAUUGGAGAGUACAUACUUUUAAUAUAUUACAAUGAUAAUAAAUAACAAAAAUAUAACAUUUU